AAAAUUGUCACAUUAUUUUCAUUAUUUUAUCAAUUAUGAAAACUAAAUUUAUAUCCAUAUCGUUGAGUACUCAACGAGUAUUUUUUUUUUAAUUCAUUUGAAAUUCGCAACAGUUAUUAACAAGUGACAACCGUUUUUAAAGGUUGUUUAGAACGAGAUAAGAUAAGAUGGAAUAAUACAAUUUCAUACCAUUGAGACGCGACGCGUAUCGCCAUUUCUGAACCCGAAUUACUGAUAACAGGUUAUGCUGAGAUUGUGAUUGUCGACUGAAAUUAUGUAUUAAGACAACACUGAAGCAGUAAGUUCAUCAAAAGCAUUUUUUGUAACCAAAAUUUCAUAUAUUUUUGUGCCAUUUAUCAAUUUUAAUAAAUUAUUGGUUAUUAUAAGAACACAUAAUAUAUUUAAACAAACCUUAUAGAUUGUAUUGUAAAUUAUGAUUGUACUAUGAUUUUGUUAAACAACCCAACAACAAUGAACAGUUCCGGUCAAAGUAACGAGUCCGUAAGUAAAGUGUGUGGCGAUCUUCUAAGUAGUUCGGCAUGGAGUGCAGUUAUACAUCAACCCGCACAUGAUUCGGACUUGGAAGACUUACCGUCCACGGUAGAUAUGGACGCUAUUAAAAAUCCGAUAUCAACACCACACAAUACAAUAAGUAGCCAAGUCGCUGAUUCUUCUGAGUCGGACUCAGAGUCUGAAUCUGAAUCGGAAAAAGAAGAAAAAUAUUGCACUAAAAAAUUUGGAUAUUCGUCUGUGGAUGAUGAUAAUAUUGACGAUUCGUCAGAUACUUCGUUGUCAUCAUAUAUGCCUUGGUCGAAAAGAAAAGCUUUAGAUAAACAAAAAAAAAGUAAAGAUUCCCAUGAUUCAAGUUCGAGUUCUAGUGACGAAUCGAGUUCAUCAUCGAAAUCAACAAAUUUUCCAAUCAAACAGUCGGUGGUCUAUGAACGCACAUCUAGUGAAGCAUCGAAAAAGAAAGACUAUUGGCAAGAUGAAACGAAAAAAACAUAUUCUUCCAGUUCAGAUCUUGAUAAACUAGAAAGCAUAGAUUCUGAACAUUUACAAGUUAUCAAUCAAGAAGAUUUAGCAGAAAUAUUAUCUGAUGUUGAAAACCAAAAUUUUUCUAAUUGUUUUGAUGAUGUCCAGCCAAAAAAUUUAAGUGACAGUAGUGAUUCUAGUGACACUGAUAUUAAAGAUCAAGUAGUGAACGACGCAAUUAUUCGUUUAGAUAAUACAUCAGAAGAUGAAACUGAAAAACCUCCUUAUUCAUCGAAGUUGUUAGAAGAAUUUGUUGAAAAGACCGAAGGUAUGACACAACGACCAAAUCCUAAAACACGUGCGAGUUUAUCAGAAAAAAAAGUUACAAUUGAAAAACAAAAAGAAAAUUUAGUUAAAAGAGGCAGAGGUAGGCCAAAAGGUUCAAGCAAAGGACGAGUGAAUUCGCAAAUUAUAUUACCCAAAUUGUCGGCCAAUUUCAAGCGUGGACCCGGUAGACCGAAAAAAAUGCCUCCUCUGUUAGAACCAAACAGUCCAACGGUUAAAAUUAUAGAAACUGAAACUCCAAAAAAAAUUGUAAUUGAUAUUGAAAAGAAAAAGAAAAAACAUAAAAAGAAAAAGAAGAAGAAGAAGAAACACAAGAAACCAGCGAGUCCUAAAUUUAUUGCAGAAAUGGAAAAUCUCGUUGCCUUAUGUAUUCAGUGUUUAAACAUUUCCAAAAUACCUGAUAGUAUUAGAGGAAAAUCCAGUUCAUUAAAAUCUAAGCAAAGGGACAGAUCUAGUAAAAAAAGAAAACUGGAAAAGACAAGUUAUAGCGAUAACGAUAUUGACAAAAAAAGAAAAAAAGGUGGAUCCCCGGACACGUCGAGAGAUUCGGAAACCACUAACGAUCAAAGGUUGCCUUUAAAAAAGCGUCAUUAUCAUAUAACAUCGUCGACUGGUAUUGAAGUAGCAUAUUUGGAUGAUGUAUCUAGAGAUGAAAAUUCAGGAAGUAGUGAACUAGAUAAUAAGAGAGUAAAACCGCUGAAAGUAAAAUCAGAAACUAAGAAAAAAUCUGGCUUACGGAGUAACUCUGCUAUACCUGAAGUGAAAACUAAAGAAAAUGAAAAAAAGGAAGAACCCAAACCUAAGAAGAAACCGCCUGCAGGAAUAUUUGUACCGACCGUUGAAAUGCCGAGUUUACAAUUAAAGAAAAAAGUAGACGAUAAAAAAUUAAACGACAGUGUUAAAAAGUUGAAGACUAUUAAGUCUGGAAAAGAAAGUCCACUUGGAAAGUUGAAGAAGAGGAAAAAGUGUAUUAACCGUACUGGUUUUCCGAUGAAAAAAAAGAAAAAAAAGCGCAUAGAAAAUGCAGCAGUUUCCGAAGACGUACACACCAAACUAAAAGUUAUCGAUACUCAUCCAACAAAAAGUGAAUUAACCGAACCCGAAAGAAGAAGUAGUCGAGCAGUCGUUCUCAACAAAUUAAAAGUAAAAAAGAAAGACGAGAAAGAAGACAGCGACGCGUCCAAUGUUAGUAUACCAAAAAAGGUAAAAUUAGAUCAACAAGAUGUCAAGCCACAGAAAAAAAAGCUGGAUAAAAAACACACUAUCCAAUCUUGGAACUACAGGAAGUUAAAAACAAAUGUGUACUAUGAUUUUAAGCCAGUUUGCACUUACGAAGCACAAACCUGUAACUGUAAAGUUCCAACAGAAGGUAAAGGGUGCACCGAUGACUGUUUAAAUAGAAUGAUAUUUGCCGAGUGUUCACAGGAUCUUUGUCCAUGUAAAGAAAAAUGUUCAAAUCAACGUCUUCAAAAGCAUGAAUGGGCGCCUGGUUUGGUUAAAUUCAUGACAGAAGAAAAAGGAUGGGGUAUUAAAACUACCCAAGAAGUUAAAAAUGGUGAACUUCUAUUGGAGUAUGUCGGUGAAGUGGUCAGUGAACAAACGUUUAAAGACCGCAUGACUUCGAUUUAUAAGAGCGACGUCCAUCAUUAUUGUUUAAAACUAGACGGAGGAUCUGUAAUCGACGGCCAUAGAAUGGGAGGCGAAGCGAGAUUUGUUAAUCAUUCUUGUGAGCCCAAUUGCGAAAUGCAAAAAUGGAGUGUAAAUGGACUAUUUCGCAUGGCAUUGUUCGCUCUCCGUGACAUACAACCUGACGAAGAGCUGUGCUAUGAUUAUAACUUUUCGUUAUUUAAUCCCGAUGAAGGACAGUCAUGUAAGUGUAACUCUCCUAAUUGUAGAGGCGUCAUCGGGGGAAAAUCUCAAAGAAUAUUGUUACGAUCCCCUAGUAUCAUGACAAAUUUACCGUCAAAUAGAAAUCGUUCUAGGAAAGCGGCUCCAAACACAAAUACAUCACCGAAAAAAUCUACUUCUAUUGUUAGUAUUCAGCAAAAACUUGUUUCUAACGCUCCUAUAGUAAUUAAUCAAGAAGAAAAGGAAUUGAUUUUCCUGUAUAAAGUAUGUUUGUACAGAAAUAUUAUGAAAAUAGAUAAAAUACGAGCAAAACGGAGAGGUAAAGAAAAUAAACCCAAACAUCCUGAAGUUUUUAGAGCGCAAAUGAACGCUCUCACUAAUAGUUAUUCGGUUAGAACUAGAAGAUUAGCAACCGCUCAAAAUGAUCCGGAGAUGGAGAAAAAAGCAAAACUAGCUACUAUUUUUAAACAGUUAUACGAUAAAAUUAGUAACUCCAAAGAGGAAACCGGUGAGUUACUUGCCACGCCGUUUGUGGUAUUACCAUCAAAACGCAAAUUUCCAAGUUAUUAUCAAAAAGUCCAAGAGCCUAUUGAUUUGAUGACUAUCGGUAAUAAUAUUGAGAGUGGUGCUUAUGAUACAGUUAUGAGUUUUGAUUCAGAUAUUUUAAAAUUGCUUACAAAUAAUAUCAAAUAUUAUGGACGAACUUCGGAUUUAGGAGUUCUGUCUACACGAUUAAGAAAAAUUUAUAAUUUAGCAAAAGUCGAGUUUGUACCGAAAAUCGAAGAAAUAUUAGAGAAACCAGUUCCAGAAGCAUUCAUAGCAGAAAAAAAUAAUCCCGGAGGAGACCAAGACGACGUGGUGAGGUGUAUUUGUGGUUUGCACGAAGAAGAAGGUCUCAUGAUUCAGUGUGAACGUUGUCUAGUAUGGCAGCAUUGUGACUGUAUAAAGGCCGAUCCAGGCAAAGUCGAUAAUUACUUAUGUGAGCGAUGCGAUCAUCGUCAAGUCGAUUAUGAAAUACCGUUGCCGACUCCACCAAGCUACGCAGAAUCAAAUGAAGCACACUACUUAACAUUAAUGCGAGAAGAUUUACAAGUCCGUGUGAACGACACAGUUUAUGUUCUUAGAGACAUAGUAAAUCCUGAAACCGGUAAAUCACAUUCUUUCAAAACGAUUAAACACUUUAAAUAUUCAGAUUGUGAUAUAUUUAGAGUCGAAAAACUUUGGAAAAACGAAGGGGGCGAACGCUUUUCUUUUGGUCAUCAUUACUUGAGACCACACGAAACUUACCACGAGCCUACUAGAAAAUUUUAUCCUAAUGAAGUCGUCAGAGUUCCUAUUUAUGAAAAGAUCUCUUUGGAUCUUAUCAUGGGAAGAUGCUGGGUUCUCGAUCCGUCAACGUACAGUAAGGGCUAUCCUAUUGGUGCCGACCAUGAACACUUAUACAUAUGCGAGUAUAGAGUCGAUAAAGGAGCACGGAUGUUUGCCAAAAUGAACAAAUCGAAAAAUCCACCAAUUUGUACAAAGAGUUAUGCUUUUGAAAAGUAUGACCAAAAAUUAAAACUAUCCAGAACUUUUGCUCCUCAUGGUCUUAUGGUGAAAGUAUCAAACAGUACAGUGACAGCUCGGCCUAAACACUCUGAGGCCAUUCAAACAGCUAAAAAAUUAUCAAAGGCCCAAGUUUCAAUUAAGAAACAAAGGUUAGACACGCUUUUGUUAAAACUAUUGAGUUCGCUGCCUGAAGAAGAUAAAGUUGAUAUGACAUAUUUAUUAGAACCCGGAAGGAGACAUCGGAAAAAGCCUUCAUUUCUGGAACUUUGAUAUUGAGUAUUAUUAUAUUGUUAAAAUAUUUGUUUUGAUUAAUUGUAACGACAAAUUGUAAAGUAUGUUAAAUUUUAAACUGUUCAGUUCACUUUUUAUUUUGUAUAUAUUUCUACAUGUAUAAUGAAGUUACUAAUGUUUUAUCUUGAGCACUCUUUACAUCUUUAUUAUGACAUUAAUUAUUAGCCUUAGCUUAUGUGUAUUUUUCUAGUUUAUUUGUUAAGCUUAAAUAUAUUACAUAAAAUUUGUUUUAAAUA